AUGUUGAUUUUAUACAAAAAUUUUCGAGCCAUUUUAAAAGGUUUAUCGAUGAGUACGCACGACUAUUUAAAUGUAGUUGUUCCGCUUGUUAAUGACAAAAUCGUUAUUGAAAACAGCAAAGAAUACAUAAUAUUUAUUAUUUAA